UCCGGUUACAUUUCUGAUGUAACAGGGAGAGAAAAAAAAUGGCGGCGCCCUUGCAAAUGUCAUGUUCUUGAUGUCGACGGUACUGUUAUCGUGGUUUCUCGUACAAGUGAUACAUUUCCAAGCUUUUAUACAAAAGUGAGUCAAUAUUUUUGAGGACUAAAACAGAACCAUGGUCCAUCUGUCAUCAUUAUUGCUUAAAAAGUACCACGGGGGUCAUGUGGUUAUCCGCCUGGCGCUCGGUGGUGCCACCAACAGACCGUUUUUCCGUAUAGUGGCUGCCUACAACAAAAGGGCACGAGAUGGCAAAUACAUCGAGCAGCUGGGAUCGUACGACCCUCUCCCCAACAUCUACAACGAGAAACUCGUCGCCUUCAACUACGACAGAAUCAAGUACUGGAUGGGGUGUGGCGCUCAUCCCACUAAACCCGUGGCCAAACUUUUGGGACUGGCCGGGUUUUUCCCGCUGCAUCCUAUGACGAUAACGGAGGCAGAACGGCAGAAAGCAGCAGCAGCUUUGAAACAGGAAGAGACGAACGAGGAUGAUGACGAAGAAGAAAAGCAGGCAGAACAGUAGCAUUUACUCUUAAUGCCUAAAACGACGUGCUUUUUUUUCCGUCCUCAUUUUAAAAGAACUCUGCUUACACUCACUUGAUAUAAUGAGAGACUGAGACUCAUCCUGAUGGUCUAAUGCAUUUUUAUUUUUUAUUUCAAUAAAACUGAACAGUAAUGCGUUUUUAGUGCUAAUAAAUCUCAUCAAAAUGUGAA